CACACGCAACUAUCAGUACCUCCCCUCCAUCACCAGAAUCAUUCCUCCUCUGGUCUGAUAUUUCGCCUUCAUUCUAUUGGUAUCACGGCGCCCACUCGCUGGGAGACAGCUCGCCGACAUGGGGAAGCUCGUGCAACUGGAGGUCAACAACUUUAAAUCCUAUCGCGGACAUCAUGUCCUGCUCUUCGGGGAUUCGUACUUCACCUCCAUCAUCGGUCCCAAUGGCUCCGGUAAAUCCAAUUCCAUGGACGCCAUUUCCUUCGUCCUCGGAAUUAAGUCAUCUCAUCUACGAUCAUCCACAUUGAAAGAUCUCAUUUACCGCGGACGCAUCAUUCGAACCACAAAGAUCAACGAAGACGGCACCGCAACCGAAGCCAACGGCGACGACCAAAAUGGCGCUAUACAGGACAAUGGCGAUUCGCAGCCCGCCAGCCAGCGCGGUGAUCCACAGACCGCGUGGGUUAUGGCCGUCUUUGAGGACGACGCGGGGCAGGUCCACAAAUGGAAGCGCAGCAUCACCAGCUCCUACACUAGCGAAUAUAGAAUUGACGGCCGCACUGUAUCGCAGCAGCAAUACAACAGUGCGCUGGAAGAACAAAGCAUCCUGAUCAAGGCGCGAAACUUCCUAGUCUUCCAGGGUGACGUCGAGAACGUCGCAUCGCAGAAUCCGAAAGACCUCACCCGUCUCGUGGAGCAGAUUUCCGGUAGUCUGGAAUACAAGGCCCAGUAUGAGCGCCUAAAAGCAGAAGCCGAGAACGCCACCGUCAACCAGACCGACCACCUCCAGACGCGCCGUCAGAUCAACGCCGAGAUGAAGCAAUGGCAGGAACACAAGUCUGCAGCGGACGAUCUCGAGAAGAAAGAGGCCGCAAAGGCCGAGGCCAUCGUGACACACGUCUUGUGGAAGCUCUUCCACUUCCAGCAAACCAUCGCAGAAUCAAGUGAAGAGAUUGCGAAACACAAAGAAGAGCUGAAGCAACAUAAGCGGGGUGUCGAAAAAUAUGAAAAGAGCUUAGAACAAGCCCAGCAGGCUCAGGCAAAGGCUUCUCGAGAGGCUAACAAGACCGUCAAGGCGAUUAGAGGCAAAGAGAAGGAGAUCGAGGACGCAGAGAACAACCUGGUUCCAAUCGAUGAGAAGAUCAAGAUCUCCACAGCGGACGUUCACAAAUACGAGGAGCGCAUUGCUGCCAUCUCGAAGGAGCGUGAAACCCAAGUCCAGCAGAUCGCAAAAUUCGAAAAGGACCUAGCGACGGUGCAGAAAGCACAAGACAAAUGGGAGAAAGAGGCUGCCGCUGCCGCCAAACAACAGGGUAAAGAGCUUUCGCAGGCUGACUUCGAAGAAUACACCAGGCUGCGUGGAGAUGUGACCAAGCAGACACACGCCAAUCAGAAUCAGAUCAACAGACUUGAACAGGAGAUUCGCACCGAGCAGGAUUCCGUCCGAAAUCUCAAGCAGAAAGUCGAUGAUUCCCAAAGUCGAGUCAGCAGAUUCGAGACUGACAUCAAGGAACUCCAGGAGCAGCAGCGUCAAGCGCAAGCGCGCCUCAAGGAUCUGGAGAAGGAAAGAGCCUCCAAGCAACACGCCUUAGACAAGCAUCGAGCCACUCGCCAGUCGACUGAAAAAAUGCGGACAGAGCUAGACCAGAAUUUGCGUGAGGCCCUCUUCAGACUACGCGAAGCCGAUUCCGGCCGUCGUCAGAGCGAAAGAGAGCGCAAAGCUCGAGAGUCCGUCAACAAGAUGAGACAGCUAUUCGGCACGGGUGUCUAUGGUCGAUAUAGCGAUCUCGUCAAGCCCAAGCAGAAGAAGUACGAGAGGGCUGUUGAGACGUUGCUUGGAUGGCAUAUGGAUGCUAUCAUCGUGGACACUGAUCGAACGGCUAAGCAGUGCAUUAGGUACUUGAAGGAGCAGAAGGUCGGCGUUUUCACAUUCAUCCCUCUUGACACAAUCACCGUCAUGGCUGUAAACCAGAACCUUAAGGGUAUGCAUAAGGGCAUGCGCCUUGGCAUUGACUGCAUCGAUUACGACGGCCAUCUCGAGCGAGCCAUGGCGUCCGCCUGUGGCAACUCAAUGAUCUGUGACGACAUCAAUGUCGCAAAGUAUCUGUGCUACGAGAAGCGUGUAGAUGCCAAAGCCGUGACGCUCGAUGGCACGGUCAUUGCCAAAGGAGGUACUAUCACUGGUGGACGCCUUGGCUCCGAUAAGAGCGGACAGCGCUUCAAUGAGGCUCACAUUGAACGACUCCAACGAGAAAUUGAUAAGAUCAAAUCUCAGAUGGACGCUCUUCCUCGUUAUGACCGCCGUGAUCCCGAGCAUGAAACUCUCGAGAAUGAAGUUGCUGACCUUACCGAUCAAAUCUCGCGCACAACCGAGGAAAUCAAAGCCCUGGCACGCAACCUUGACAGCAAGAAGAAGGAGCUGCAGCACCACAAACAGCAGCUAAAGGAGUGGCAACCUAAGUACAACGAUGAGGAGCGCCAAUUGCAAGCAUUGCAACAAGAAUUCAAGGGCUACCAGACGGCAGUAGACCAAGUUGUUGACCAGGUCUUUGCGGCAUUUUGUCAGCGCCUCGGGUACGCUAACAUUCGCGACUACGAGCAGCAGCAAGGAAAGGCGCAGCAGGAGGCCCUCGAGAAGAAAUCGGAAUUCGCACGUCAGCGGGACAAGAUUGAGCGGAUCCUCGGCUACCACAAGGAACAGCUCAGUUCUUUGGACGAGCGCACGCAAAAUAUGCGAGACAGAGUUGAACGAAGUCAAAAGAACGUCGAUGAGUUCGAGGCAGAGAAGGAGACGCUGCAGGGCGAGAUUGAUGUUCUUCAAGCUGAGCUCGAGAGGCUCAACGAGACCUACGAGGAGCUGAACGAAAAACUUGCGGAGCGAACAAAGGUUGUGAAGGAGGCACGCGCAGAACUCGAGGAACGCAACAAGGCCGUCAAGGGCGUGAUUAAGGCUGUCGAAGAAGAGGAGGCCAAGAUCAAGCGCACAGCUGACAGCCGGUACGUCCUCUUAAAGGACUGUCGUCAAAAAUUCCUCAAGAUUCCACUGGCCGAGGGCUCCGCAUCUCUGGACGCAAUCCCAUUGCAAGGUGUAGGAGGCCCCGACCCAGAUGCCAUGGACGUGGACGAAGAAGACAUCGAUGCAACUCAGAUCCAGCAACCCGAAAUUGACGACUUUGGCGUCGAGGUGGACUUCGAUGAGCUUGACGACGAACUUAAAGAGGAUGACUCACCGGAAUGCGGCACCAGACUUGAAGAAAAGAUAUCCGCGCUCGACGCCGAGAUCGCCGCAGCAGACCGAAACGUCGACAAGCGCGCCGGCGACAAACUCCACGAAGUCGAAAACCGACUCAAAGACACAACCAAAGUGUUCGAGACCGCGCGCAAGGAAGCCGUGCGGGCGCGAAAGGAAUUCGAAGAAGUCAAGCAGAAACGCCUCGACGCCUUCCAAAAGGCCUUCAACCACAUCUCCGACAACAUCGGCGGAACGUACAAAGACCUCACAAAGAGUCGCGAGUUUCCCCUCGGAGGCCAGGCCUACCUGGACAUGGAAGACAGCACAGAGCCGUACAACGCGGGUCUCAAGUACCACGCCAUGCCCCCACUCAAGCGCUUCAGAGACAUGGAGCACCUGUCCGGUGGCGAGAAGACGAUUGCCGCACUCGCGCUGCUGUUCGCAAUCCAUUCCUACCAGCCGAGUCCGUUCUUCGUGCUCGACGAGGUGGACGCCGCGCUCGACAACGUCAACGUCGGUCGUGUUGCGAAAUACGUCCGGGAACAUGCCAGCCCUGGCAUGCAGUUCAUCGUCAUCUCGCUCAAGGCGGGUCUAUUCCAGGAGAGUGAGAGUUUAGUUGGUGUUAUGAGAGACCAGGCGAAGAUGAGCUCGAGGGUCGUUAGUUUGGACUUGAGGAAAUACCAACCCUCCUAAUCAACCCUUCACGGAUAUAACAGCGCAUAUCAAUAAUGGAGGGCAUCCAGCUUGAUGCAUGUACGAAAGCAUAGCUUCUUUACCCGCGAGGCUUUCUCCCGUAAAGUCUACCCUUCCAAUUCAUUCGAAAGAAGUAGAAAUAUCAUUUUCCAUCAUGGCUGUGCACUUGUAGUAUACCUCCUAUACCAAAGAUUUCCAAUGUCAAGAUCAAUUUAC